AUGAGAUUCACCGCGUUACUUAGACAAGCGUCCGCCGCCGCAGGUACUGCCGGCAAGUCUCCCGUGCUAAUCAGAUCGGCCAGCGGAAACCCUACAGGUAUCACCGGGAUUCUCCAGCAUCCUAACCCUAGACCGGCACUCAUCUCUCUCUACAAGGCCACCCUGGCGGAAUUGAGCGAGAAGUUUCCUGCCGACUCGAUCUACAGACAGUCGGUGGAGAACUUGACCAAGUCGAGACUCGCCAUUGUGGAGAGCAACGAGGUGGUCGAAAAGAUCGAGAACCAGAUCGGGUGCGGUUUGAUCGAGGAGGUUGUCAUCCAGGCUAACGAGGAGUUGGAGUUGGCCAAGCAGAUGGCCGAGUGGAAGGCCUGGGAGCCUUUGCAGGAGAAGCCAUUGGACGACCAAUGGUCCUACUUUGGUAGAAAGGUCUGA